GAGUCGUGUUAUUGUUGUCGUGAUCAAAUAUACCGCACAUAAAACUGACACAUUGAAUUCAUUGAUAUUUGUUUUUGUCGCGUUCAUCAACCACAUUUAAUCGACAUUAAUCAUCGCCAUCGAUAAUCAUGUCCGAUUCCGACGAUUCAUUUGACAAGAACCGUCGACACGAUGAUGAAGACGACCACGACGAUGAUGAAGAAGAACAAGUAGACGAAGAAGAGCCGGAAGGCGAAGAUCUUGACGAUGACGAGGACGACGAGGAAGAAGACGAGGAUUCGGAUGAACCGAUUAAACACGGCAGCAACAAACGGUCGAAAAAGAAAUCCAGUAAAAAGAAACGAAAAAAGCCUCGUCACGGUGGAUUCAUUCUCGAAGAAGCCGAAGUGGAUAGCGAGAUCGAAGACGACGAAGAAUGGGAAGAAGGCGCACAACCGGAUAUUAUCGACAACAAAUUGGACAGCAGCGACCAUUCAGAUCGUAAUCAGCAUCGCCGUCUGCAGAUGAUUCUGACCAGCGAAGAAGACCAAAUCGAAAACUAUUAUCGAAUGAAGUAUGCCGAACCGACGUCUGUUGCACAUGGCUACGAUGGUGACGCAGAACUUUCCAACAACAUCUCACAACAAGCGUUGAUGCCAGGUGUCAAAGAUCCAAACCUUUGGAUGGUCAAAUGCCGUAUCGGCGAAGAAAAACAAACUGUUUUGCAACUGAUGCGAAAAUUCAUCGCCCAUCAAAACUCGGACGACCCUUUGCAAAUCAAAUCGGUGGUAGCACCCGAAGGCAUCAAAGGCUACAUUUACAUCGAAGCAUACAAACAAACGCACGUCAAACAGGCCAUUCAAAACGUUGGCAACCUUCGUCUUGGUCUUUACAAACAAACCAUGGUGCCCAUUGCCGAAAUGACCGAAGUUCUCAAAGUGACCAAAGACACUUCUAACCUAAAGGUCGGUCAAUGGGUUCGUCUUAAACGUGGCCUUUACAAAGACGAUCUGGCUCAGGUGGACUAUGUUGACGUUGCCCAGAAUCAGGUGCAUCUCAAACUAAUACCGCGUAUCGAUUAUACCAGAUUAAGAGGAGCGCUCCGUGCGCCAGGCAACGAUUCUCAAAACAAUGAUGAUGGUGACAAUAAAAAGAAACGAUUCAAGAAACCGGCAGCCAAACUGUUCGACAUGGACGCCAUUCGAUCGAUUGGCGGCGAGGUGACCAAUGACGGCGACUUUAUCAUAUUCGAAUCGAAUCGUUAUCGUCGUGGCUUUCUCUACAAAGCGUUCAACAUGAAUGCCAUUCAGGUGGAAGGUGUGAAACCUACUUUGGCCGAACUGGAACGAUUCGAAGAACACCCCGAAGGCAUGGAAAUUCAUCUCACCGAAUCGACAUUGGCCGAAGAUCGUGGCCAUUCGUUUGCAGCGGGCGACAAUAUCGAAGUAAUCAGUGGCGAAUUGAAAGGCUUGACCGGCAAAAUAUUGACCAUCGAAGGCAAUCUCAUCAAAAUGCUUGCCAACCACGAAGAUCUCGACGCUCCACUUCCCUUUCAGCCACAUGAAUUGCGUAAAUACUUUAAACCUGGUGAUCAUGUCAAAGUGAUUGCCGGUCGCUAUGAAGGAGACACCGGCCUCAUAAUUCGGGUGGAAGAUGACCAAAUUGUUUUGUUUUCCGAUCUGACCAUGCACGAACUUCGAGUGCUGCACAAAGAUCUUCAACUCUGUUCGGAUAUGGCCACCGGUGUCGAUUCAAUGGGUCAAUACCAAUGGGGCGAUCUUGUCCACCUGGAUGCGCAGACUGUUGGAGUGAUAGUGCGUCUGGAAAGAGAAAAUUUCCAUGUUCUAAACAUGCAUGACCGUGUCGUCCAGGUGAAACCACAGGCCAUUCUACGAAAACGUGACUCCAAACGUGCAGUAUCGUUGGAUUCAGAUUCCAAUCAAAUUCAAGUGAAAGACCAAGUUCGCGUACACGACGGUCCAUACACUGGUCGUCAAGGCGAAAUCAAACAUCUGUAUCGAGGCAUUGCAUUCCUUUACUCGCGUAUGGUGCUCGAGAAUGGUGGCAUAUUUGCGUGCAAAACGCGACAUUUACUAUUGCAAGGAGCUUCAAAAGCUCCGCCCGCUUCCGCCGGCGGUAAUUUACAAGCCGGUUACAUGUCACCACGAGUCAUGCAAUCGCCCGCACAUCCAUCAGCAGCCACCGGUGGCGGUUCUCCAAUGCCCAGACAAGGUUUUCAACGAUCUGGUCGUGAUCGCAACGAUCUGAAUUUGAUUGGCAAAACGAUUAAAAUCACCCAAGGCCACUACAAAGGCUACAUCGGCAUCGUCAAAGAUGCAAUCGGAGCAACAGCUCGCGUUGAACUGCACACAAGUUGCCAAACAAUCACCGUCGACAAGACUCGAAUAGCGUUGGUCACUGCAGAUGGUCGUAUAUUGCCCAAUUCGGCUGCCGGCCGAACUCCCGGAAUGGAUUCUGCUGCCAGCACUCCAAACCCGUAUGCCGGAAGUCGUACUCCAAGCUAUGGUUCGCAAACGCCCAUGCAUUCUGGUUCCAGAACACCGUUGCACGAUCCAAGUCGAACGCCGUUACAUGAUGGAUCGCGAACGCCUGCUUGGGAUUCUGGAGCAACGCCACGGCCAGAAUUCGAGGAUUACCUGGACACAUCACCGUCUCCAGGAACAUUUCUUGCGCCCAACACGCCCAGCUACAACAAUCCCGAAACGCCUCAGGCUUAUACACCAGCCACUCCGGGUUCCGAUUCAACACCUUAUUCACCUUAUCCUACAACAUCGCCAUCACCUGGUGGCAGUGGCGGAUACUUGCACGGCAUAGUUCCAUCGCCGGGAUACCUAGCACCAAGUCCAGCAUCGACCGGUAGCGCUACAUACCACAAUCCACAUAGCGUAGGACCGUCACCGGCUCCAUUUGGCUAUUCGCCGAUGACACCGGAUGUGAAUUUCCAUCUCAACCCACAAACACCUGGUGUUGGCAUAGGAUCCGAUCCAAGCGGUGGUUAUGCAUCCGAUUGGUUGACCACUGAUAUGGAAGUGAGAAUCAAAUCCAUCCACCAGGACGAGGAUCUCAUCGGACAACAUGGCUUCAUCCGAAGCAUCUCCGGCUCUAUGUGCUCGGUGUUUUUGCCCAAAGAGGAUCGAGUGGUUUCCAUUCUGUCCAGUAAUCUGGAACCGGUAGAACACCAACAGACUUAGACAUGAUAUUAUUAUUAUCAAUCAAAUAUCAAAUGUUUCAAAUUCAUUCUUUCCUUUCAUCAUUCAACAUUGUGUGACAAUAAUAAAAAGAUUGC